AGUAGCACAGCGUCACGUGAUCAGAGGAACAUCCUCUCCCGGCAGUCAGUGGGUGAAGCACGUGGUGAAUACAUAAACAGUAAUAACGACCUAAACUCCUGGGAUUUACAGUCCAUCAGCCAUCAGGAGAUCACAACAUGAAGAAUAAUUUGUGUGUCCAGGCUACUAAUGACUUCAGUACGCUUAGUAAGGUUUCCACUGCUUCUCUGGACUAUUUUCCAGAUAAAUUCCAAAAAUAUUUUGUGAGUCGGACAUGCAGGAGGGCUCCACUAAUCCACAGGGGAUACUACGUUCGCUCUCAGGCUGUCAAUCUCUGUAUAAAGGAGUUUCUGGAGGAUACCCAGCAAUGUCACCACAGACAGGUUUUGUCAUUGGGGUGUGGCUUUGAUGCGUUGUAUUUUCGGCUGUGCGCAGAACAUACCCCAGGAGAGCUGUGUGUUUGGGAAGUUGAUUUUCCUGCUGUCGUCCAACGAAAACAUCUUUUGAUUGAAGAGACAGAAGUCCUGCGAAAUCUGCUUGGUUCUCAUGAAGCAAGUUCGUACUCCGAUGGCUUGGUACUUUCUGCUACAAAUUAUAGGCUCCUUGGUGUGGAUCUUUGUGAUGUUUCCACUCUGGAAAGCACCCUGGAAAAGGCUGGCAUUAUGUGGGAUUGCCCAACACUCGUGCUUGCAGAGGUGGUACUAUGUUAUAUGGAUCCGGCAAGAUCAACGGCUCUAAUUGAAUGGGUAGCAAAACGGUUUGCAAGAUCACGCUUUGUUCUGUAUGAGCAAAUUACUCCAAAUGACCCAUUUGGCCAAGUCAUGAUGAAUCAUUUCCUUUCAUUGAACUCCCCACUGCACUCUGUGACAGCCUUUCCUUCGCUCCAGGAUCAGAGAGAACGGUUCCUGCAGCAGGGCUGGGAGCAGUGUCGCAUCAUUGACAUGAAUGAAUUCACUGUAACUUGUAUUUCUGUUGCUGAGAGAAUACGCGUUGAAUCCUUGGAACCAUUUGAUGAGUUUGAGGAGCUCCAUCUGAAAUGUUCCCAUUAUUUUAUUCUUGUUGCUUCUCGUGGAAGUCUGGCAGUUAAGCCCGUCUUGCGGUCAGUGUCAGAUGCAGACGUACCAAUUAAUCCAACUCCUGCUGUUUCUGGAUCCUUAUUCGUUCAUUCUCUGCUACAGACAUUUAAUAGUGUUCGUCGAUUUGGCCACCGUUCAUGUCUUACGUCUUCUCAUCACAUUAUCACAACGGGUGGCUUUGGUGAAGGUGAUGGAAAGCACAAGAGAUUAACAGACAUCCAUGUGCUGCUAUAUGGAAAAGACACCUGGGACAGAGAGCAGACAUUUAACCAAUGGGAUGGGCGCCUGCAUCAUUCGUUCACACCCCUUUCUAAUGGAGGAGAGCUCCUGGUUCUUGGUGGUCGUCUGUCGCCAUCACACCCCGCUGUUGGAGCUCUAGUUUUGAAAUAUGAUGAAGAAGAACAAGUGAUUAAAGUAACACAUAAAGAAGUUCAGCUGGAAAUAUUUCGCUGGAGACAUACUGCCAUUGAGGUGUUUCUGUGUGGUCAAGUUUAUGUGUUCAUAUUUGGUGGUCGAACUGGGUCAUGUAUGGCAAUGCAGGACACACUGUUUCUCGAUCCUGACAGUCUGAAUUCUAUAAAGAUAUCUGUAUUGGGGAACUCUCCGUCGUGCCGACACUCUCACAGCUGUUGUGGAUGGAAUGGUGGAGCUGUGAUAUCAGGGGGUCUUCUAAGUAGUGGGAGACCAAGUGGUUCAGUCACAUUGCUGAAACCCUAUUCCUCUCAAUUCCAGUGGGAAAAGUUGAAGACCACUCCCCCACUUACUCCCAGGUAUUCUCACACCUCCCAUGUAGUAAAUGGAAAGCUUGUUCUUGUUGGAGGGAUCUGGUUUGUUUCUAAUUCAGUACCAGGACUGGCUGUGAUAGAUUUGAAAACUGGUCACUGUGCGGAGUAUCAAAUUAAUGCAUCCGUACUGGAAUGGCCUCUCAUGUUACAUGGACACAGUUCGCUUCUACUUCCAUACAGAAAUCAUUUACUGCUGCUAGGAGGAGGAGGGACAUGUUUCUCAUUUGGAACCCACCUGAAUGUACAGCCGGUUCUGCUGGAUCUGCCCCCUUUACAAUGACUGGAUGGAUAUUUGUAUCUGUAUAUAUGUAGAUAGAUAUAUAUAUAUCCACUUUCUUUACCGCAAGUUUCAGUUUUCCUUAACUGUCGCAGUAAUGUAAUAAAAUGGCCCCUGUUCUGCUGUGUUUAAUGUUUUUAGCCAACUUCACUCUGUCCCUUGAGAUUCAGUGUACGUCCUAUACUCAAAUAUAUUGUGUGCUGGCACAGCCGAGAUUUUGUUUUAUCAGUCAUUUUACUUUGUCUUCUAAUGCAGAUCCACUAUGUCCUGUGCCUCUUACAUACAUUUGUAUUGUUAAUAAUAUGUAACCAGGAAUUCUACAUAUAUUUCCUAACUUAAUGCUACAAUUGCAUCUUAAAGUUUCCCAUAAUCUUGUCUCCAGUGAUACAUCGGUUGACACUGAAUUCCUGAACUUCACAUCUUACAAUGUGCAACACAUGAUUUGAUAAACCAUCAGGAAUGUUUUGUGAGAGCCAAAAUGUUAUCUGUCACUUGAUGUUUCCAAGAAGACUGCAGUUAGUAGACAGGGCUAGGGGCGUUAAAACAUAUUGAAAAGGUUCCAGGAAUUAUGGUACUCAUUUGUAUCUGUCUUGUUUGCUAAGCAUGUGGCUGUCUGAGCUCUUGGGAUCUGGUGAAGAGUCAGAAAGGUUGAAGGUAACAGAUGGUGAAUGGAGGUGUUGAGAUAGAUAUCCACUUAACAAUUG